GAUGGGAAAAGAUGUGUGUUGUCCCUCUGAACUGACAGUUUCCUCUCUUCUAUCCACCACAACACCAUGUCCUAGAUCCUUACAGACUGAUGUUCUACACAGAGCUUCUCUUGUCUUCAAGCCUGUACAUCCUCCUCUCCUCUCCUCUCCUCUCCAUCUCCCUCUCUGCAUCCUCUGCUACUAUAACCUCUCCCUCUUCUCUUUCCCAUUUCCCUUCAUCUCCUCAGCUGCCUCCUCCUCUUCUCCUCCUUUUCUCCCCCUCCUCCCUUCCCACUCUCACAGUGUGGCGACAGCGUGACUGCCUGCGUCAGCCGGCUCUGGCAGCCCCUGCCAGCUUGUGGACGCUGCUACUGGAGCUGCCGUAUACCCUGCAGAGAACCCUGUUUGUGUGUGUGUGUGUGUGUGUGUAAGUGCAUGAGUGUACGCAGAUGGGAGAGCAACUGAGUCAGGGAGGGCUGCCUCUCAUCUCUCUGCUGUUACCACAAUCCUUCACUCUCCCUCCUCUCCUCCUCUGCUGCCAUGGAGCUCCAGCAGGCUGAAUCACAACAGCGUCUGCAGAAAGGGCUGAGCAGGUAGUUGUGUGUGUGUAUGCGGUGCUCCGCUGGGCCAGUAUGGAGUGUGUGUGUCUGAGGAGGUGGGCUUCGGGCUCUGCUGUCGUGUUCCUUCACACUCUGGCCUUAUCCUGGACAGGUGCGAUUGAGCCCGCCCCAAAAAUUGAUGGAUGGCACCGGGCAGCAGUGACGCUGCAGGAGAACACGACACAUCGGUUUAACUGCCAAGCGGACGGCUGGGAUCCUCAUGCUCCACCUUUGCUGACUUGGUACCUGAAUGGGGAGCAACAGGGAACGCCGUCACCCAACCAUGGACGCCUGGUGAUGACAUCACAGGAAGAUUCAGUGCUCAUGAGACCAGGAACCAAUCACAACAGCACCUUCUCUCUGCAGGCCAGAAAGUGGGACAGGGAGCUAGUGUGUGUAGCAUCGAACCCCUGGACAGGAGAGAGCUACAAUGCCACAGUCACACUCAACGUCCAGUUUCAGCCAGAGAUCCUCAGGCUGAACGCCCACUACACUGAAACCUCAGACCCCGGCCUCUCCCUGAUCCUCUUUGCCCUGGUACGGUCCAACCCGCCUGCCACCAUCACCUUCGUUGACCAGUCUGGCCAUCUGGUGGCCAACACCUCCGACUUCUUCAUCCUGGACUCGCGAAGCUACCCUUGGCUGACCAAUCACACGCUGAGGGUGACGCUCGGUAGCCUAUCAGGGAAUUUAUCACUGAACGCAAGCAACAGUGUCGGAGCGGUGCAGAACAACCUCACACUAGCAGAGUUCCUGCAGUCUCGUGUAGAGGUGCCCAUGCUGGGAAUAGUGACUGGGGGAGCCAUGGCUUUCAUGGCCCUCCUCAUCCUCAGUCUAAUCGUUCUCUGCCUCAUGCAAAAAAACAAAAGCAAGUCUAUUGACGAGCCAGUGGAGAUUCUGAUGACCAAGAAAAGUAACUCUGCCAACCUGAAAGCAGAGAAGGGCGAUAAGACCAUCAUCCCGAGAGAGAACAUGUCUCUGCCUUCAAACAUGCAGCUCAACGACCUCAGCACUUUGAGAAAGGCCCGAGAGGCUGCCCAGCACAACAGUGUGGGAGAGAAGAAGAAAGAGGAAGAGGAGGAGGAAGAUCUGUCUUUAGCCUACGCCGCCAGAGGUUUUGCCAGAUAUCCGAUGGUGGGCUACAUCUAUAAGGUCAACAGCACAAGCAGCGAGGAGAUCUGGCUCUGACUUACCUCACACACAUGCACGCACGCACGUACGCACGCACGCACACACACACAGACAGCACAUGCAUGCAUAACUCCUUCCAACAGAUGCAGUUGUCCAAGAGGAAACUCAGAACAACUGCCAGUCAGUCUUUCAAACACUCAUCAGUCCCCUUUGAGCUGGACAGGAACGACCAGGACCCUCAGACCAUGUUGUUGUUGAGCUCUUACAUGUUUCUGGGCCACAUAUUAUAUCAACACACUCUGACUCUUUCUCCGACUCCGACUUGUUGAAUUUCAUGUCCACUAAACAAACCUGAGGUCUGUACUACGAAGCCGGAUUUGAGCUUAUCGAGGUAACUUCGAAGUAAAUUUGGGGUUUCCGGUCUUACGAAGCUCGUUUACUUCUUAUCGGGGUAAAUCCCCAUGGUAACUAAUGCUGAACAGUUAACCUGGUCCGGAGCAGGUUAAGUUGCAGAUAAGAGAUCAAGCAGUAUAAAAUCAGCUUUCUUAGAGGAUCCCGUGGAGCUGGGUGUGGAGUGUUAGAGUCUCUGGGGUUUUCAGAGACCCACAAUAUCCUUUCUGCUACUCUGAUGAAUAUCAUUAUGAAAGAUAUAGAUUCUCAUCAGAGGGAAUGAUUGUCAAUAGCUGGAGCUGAACAUAACCAACCUGACUGAGCAAUGUGCUCACAGUGACACAGACUGUCUGCAUUGAUCUAUGGUUCUUUACUUGUGGGAGUUACAGAUUUUGAUGUACUGGGUGUGUUAGCGGCGGUAAAACUAGACAUAGUCUAGUUAGGUACAUCUUUUUAGGUACCUCUUUCCCUUUAAGUAGGUUUAUUUAUUUGGAAGGGGGAUAGAUAGUUUACAGAUUUACCUUGUGAAAGCGCCCCUCCCUCCCUCCCACUCCUCUAUCUCUCCACCGCUAACACACCCAGUACAUCUCAAUCUAUAGGUCCGUAUGUGUAUAUUCACUAGAAAUAAGGUUUCCACCACAGUGUGUCCCCAGAGUCAGUGCAGACAGUGUGUGUGUAACUAAAGCUCAUUAUAGAGGCUACAUCAUGUGAUUCAGAGAAAAGUUUCAUCUCUCAUCAAGAGGCUUCUUCACUUCAGUUCCACAGGUCUUGUUAGUAAAGAACAGAUUCAUAUCUCCUGGCCCAGAGUUAUUCAUCUCGUUCCCAUGCGUUAUUAUGUCGUGGUCACGUCAUAUAUUUUUUUUACCAAAUGUCACCAGAGGCUCUGUAACUUACACAAUCAGAGAUGUUUUUCCAGCUGUUCUUCCUGCAUUCACAGCUCUAACUGUUUCUUUUAGUCUAGAUAAUGUGUGUUUGGUCUCCUCGCAUUUUUUAAUAUAACAGUUUGAUCCAAUUUGAUUCCUUGUCCCAAAUCUUGUUGGGACAGAGGUGUAGGGCCAAGUGUUAGGGCAGUAUAGCCCUCGAAACAGAGAUUUUUCAGACCCACACUGCAAACCCAGGGCAACGAGAACUUCCCAGAAUGCCUUGCGAAUCACUGGCAAGCUGGGAGAGAGACCCAGAAAUGUAUAAAUUUCUCCAUUAAUAAGGAUUAUUAAAUUAAUAAUGAUUGUAAUAUCUUAGUUUAAUAGCGUUUAAAUUUAUUACGAUGUUAUUUGGAUAUUAUAGGUUGGUCACUUUAGUAGCUGCAAACAAUAGCAUUGGCUUAUUUAAGAUCUCAACAAUGCUAUUAUAAUGACAUCCCCGGCAAAACCUUUUGUCGCUUCUGUUUAAUCGAUGACUUCUGAUGACGUGUCAGGUUUCCUCGACGACUAUUGAUGAUGUAACAGCUGUCGUGGCAAUUCUGCAAUCCCACUCUGACAGCGAGGAACGAGACACAAAUCUCGAACAGUAUUGUCACACUUUAAUGCUCAGAGCAUGGUGCACAAGACAAAGGUUGGUUUGUAAUAUGCACACCGAUGGGAAGCUGUUCUUUCUCUUUAUACAUUUGGCUCCUUCCUCCCCUGGUUGAGGUUGUUUCUAAGCCAAAGGUCAGGAUCUUCCGAUGACAUCAAGGCAACAAUGCCUUAGUUUAGGCAAUCAGGCCAAGAUUCAUUCAGUUGUACAGGAUACAGCAUGAUCAAGGUUACAUUGUAUAAGAUUCAAUCAUGAUCAAUCAAAGGGGACAUUAACAUGAUUACAUUGUGCAUGAUCAAAAUGUUACAUUUCCCUCACACAGCUUAUGGAAGGGCUUUCCCAGUUCCUAGGGGAAGAUUUCAACCACUACCCCUCGUAACUCCGUUUUAAGGGGCAAGAUAAUCCUCGAAAACAAGGGGUAGGGAGAAGGGCCAAGGGGUGAAAUGGGAUUGGCCCCAUGUCUGUGAUUGGUCAUAGACAGUAAACCCCACCCCUUAGACCACUUAGCCUGACUGUGAUUGUUAGGUUAAGUUCAGCUGGAUCUCGAUAUCCAUGUUGAACUCGCUUCGUAGCACAGACCUCUGUUGAUGCUUUUCCUCUCUCGGGUAUUUACACUGCUGCUCUGUUGUCUCAACAAUGCUGAGUAUGAACUGGACAUAAAAAAGGCUCAUAUUAUGGGACUGCUAUGAUUUCCCCCUGUAACCACAUGCUCAUAGUGUCGUCCUCCCUGUUGCAUUAUUUGAAUGCAUUAAAUGUUCUAUGCUAACACCAGAAUGUCCAAAGUAAUGUACUGUAUGUGAAUUAUACAAUCUGACCAAUUGAACCUAUAUAAGGUGGAACAUAAUAAUAGAGUGUGUAUUUGUAUAUGGACAUGUUACAUGUCGAGCAUUGUAUAUUUGUAUGCAUUUGUAUAUGUGUAUAAUAGAGGACGUCCAAUAAAGAGUUGAAACUGUAUGAAGUA